AAGUAACUUUCCUCCAUGACAAUGGAUUCACCAACUCGAGGGGGACCAGUAGUAGGGAUCCCAUCAGCGAUGUUACAAGCUGACAGAGCCAACGCUGUGGCUGCGGCGGCGACUCAGGCUGAAAAACAGAAGAUCUAUUUACUUGUGUUGGAUUUGACCAUUCCUGAGAAGCGGGAACAAGCCUUACUUGAGUUGUCCAAGAGAAGGGAAUCCUUCCCUGACCUAGCCCCUAUACUUUGGUAUUCCUUUGGCACUGUUGCCGCGCUAUUACAGGAGCUGUUAGCGGUCUACCCUUGUUUGAGCCCACCCAAUCUGUCGGCGGCAGUUUCGAACAGAGCAUGCAAUGCCCUAGCACUGCUGCAGUGCUUGGCUAGUCAUCCAGAAACUAGGAAGCCCUUCCUGCAGGCCCACAUUCCACUGUUCUUAUACCCCUUCCUGAAUACCGUAUCCAAGGUUCGCCCAUUUGAGUAUCUCCGCUUGACGAGUUUGGGAGUUAUCGGUGCUUUAGUUAAGGUGGAUGACGAGCAGGUCGUACAAUUCCUACUUCAAACCGAAAUCAUCCCCCUGUGCCUUCGUAUAAUGGAGACUGGAUCAGAACUGUCCAGGACUGUGGCCACGUUCAUCAUACAGAAGAUAUUACUCGAUGACAACGGACUGCAGUACAUCUGCGCUACUGCCGAACGCUUCUACGCUGUUAGCACGGUCCUUGGCAACAUGGUUCAAUCCCUAGCGGAGGCACCGUCAUCUCGUCUCCUUAAACACAUUAUACGUUGCUAUCAACGACUCUCCGAAAACGAUCGUGCGAGGGAGGCCUUGAGACAAUGUUUGCCCACCGAGUUGAAACUAGAUAGAACUGCUAAUAGCACUACGAUCGCUAAUUGUCUCAAGGAGGAUGCUAUGGCACGGAAGUGGCAG